AAUAUUUAACAACCUUAACCAAACUUUUUAAGAAUGUCAGAAAAAGGCGAUAGUGAUGAAGACUUACCACAAUUAUCAGCAAAAACAUUUGCUGCCCUACAAGAAUUUUAUAGAGAAGAAGAGGAAAGAGAACAUAAUAUCAAUUUACUAGCCGAUCAAAAGGAUGUCACGCUUAAAGAAGAUUGGCAACUUAGCCAGUUUUGGUACAAUCAGGAUACUAUUGAUACUCUAGUUAAGCUGACAUUAAAAUCUGUUGGAGAUAAUGCAAAGAUAGCUCUGGUUUCUUGUCCUUCUUUAUAUAAAACUAUGAAAAAAGUGGGAAAAGGCUGUGAAAUUACGCUUUAUGAAUAUGAUAAAAGGUUCUCUUCAUAUGGAGCAGAUUAUGUAUUUUAUGACUACAAAUCUCCUUUAAGUAUACCUCGAGAAAAAUCGGAUUAUUAUGAUAUAGUGUUAGCUGAUCCUCCAUUCCUUUCUGAUGAAUGUCUCACAAAAACUGCUCUUACUAUAAGAUUCUUAACCAAAAGCAAAAUAGUACUGUGUACAGGUGCCAUAAUGGAAGAUCUACUUAAGAGACUUUUGGAUUUAAGGAAAACCAGUUUUGAACCCACGCAUGAAAAUAAUCUAGCAAAUGAGUUCUGUUGUUUUACAAAUUUUGAUUUGGAUUCACUUUUAUAACAUUUCAUAAAAUUAAUGCUCAAUAAUUGCAAAGCAAAUCUUAUAUACAGGUAUAGAAAAAUAUAUUUGUUAAUUUUUGAUAAUAAAAAUAUAUUUGUUAGUU